CAUCCAAUUUAUGUUACAGAUCUGUCCAAACUUCACCAAAUUACGUUUCUCUCAUUCGCCUUGUAUCCACGUUCGUUGUUAGUUAUGGCCAAUGUUAUGUUAACCACCUUUCGGAAUAAUCCAUCAUUGUUUACAUUUCUCAAACCUUUCAUUGUGUCUUCGAGGGAUGCCUCUAAAAAGACAGGUGGUUCAACGAGAAAUCAAAAAGGUCACGCAAGGCCAAAGCACAGAGGAUGGCGAGUCCAAGACGGCCGCUCUGUCACAGCUGGUACCAUCCUGGCAACGCAAUUACAUUUACGAUUUCAUCCUGGUUUGAAUGUUGGAUUUGGACGAGACGGUACAUUAUUUGCUAUAGAAGCUGGGAAAGUGAUGGUUACAUGCGAGAAGAUAGACCCAAACUUGGAACACACCUGGAUCAGUAAAAAUUACGAAGGCCGACUCAAUCAGACUAUUCACAAGAAACACUUCAACGUAAUCGCUGAACCUCAGCACAAUAUAUUUAAACUGAUUGAUAGUGUAUAGGUCAUAGAGAUGGAUCUUGAGCCAUAAAAUUUCUCAUUUGUUGAUUUCUUCAAAUAAAAUAUAGGUGUAGUUA